AUGAGGUUAUUACUGUGGUCGGCUCUGGUGUCUGUGAUAACGCUAUGUGUGGCAUUUGAUCCAAAAGUCACAGUAACAGACUUUGAUCAGCCUUUGCAGGGGUUGAUAUAUUUUCAAGAUAGCUCAGUGGUAUUAUAUCACUCAUCAGACGGCUCAUUAAAGAGAUCGGAAGACGAUGGUGCUUCUUGGAAGGAUGUCAAGCUAGAAGGCGCUAAACGUAAUGGAGGCAUCCAACAUUUAAUUGAACAUCCCUUCGACAAUAGUAUUGCCUACGCUUUGAGUGCUAACUCUGAUACUCAUUUUAUCACCACUGAUCAAGGCUCUACUUGGAGAUCUUUCAAAAUUCAGUCGAUUAAUCGGUUUAAUCCAGGCAGACCACUAUCAUUUCACAAGAGUAACUCUCGUUAUGUUAUUGUUAGUGGUGCCGAGUGUCCUAAUGGUAAUCCAUACAGUGCCCAAUGUGUCGAUAGAGUGGUUUAUAGUACUAGCAACUUUGAAAAUUCUGAUCAUGGUUCUCGCCUGGGCGACAAGGCCUUUCGCUGUGAAUGGGGACAUACUAAUAAAGACAGUGACGAUUCCAUUCCUCAGGAUGCCAUCUUGUGUCUUUUGGAGGUAGACAACAGUCGUCGAUUGGCAUUAUCUACUGAUUUCUUUAGAAGCUAUGAGACAAUAAAAAUAGAUGGCAAGGAUGUCGACAAUGUCCUCGAUUUUGGUACAAUGAGCAAAUUUUUCGUUGCUGCUGUAGGACCCGAAACUGACAUUUCCUUGUUGACUUCUGUUGAUCUUACCAAAUGGUCUGAGGGUUCGUUUCCUGAUGAUGGCAAGUCCACGAUUAACCAUGUUUCUGCAUUUACAAUUCUCGAGUCCAGUAAGCACUCUCUUCAUAUUAAUGUUGCUCAUGACGGUAGUAGUAAACUGGGUGAAGGUACCUUAUAUACUAGUAACUCAAAGGGUAAUUAUUUCAAGAAAUCCUUGGAUCACACUUCCCGUAGCAAUGAUGGUCUAGUGGACACUGAAAGCGUAGAGGGUAUUGAUGGUAUUGUCAUCAGUAAUGUUAAGGAGAACGAGCAUAAUGUGAGAACCAAGAUUUCUUAUGACGAUGGCCGUACUUGGAGUUAUCUCAGUGUAGGUGACUGUAAGGAUCUUGGAGGCAGUAAUCCAAAUCGGUGUAAUGUAAACCUCCAUGCAGUUUUGGAUCACAAGAAUAUUGGUCGUAUUUUCUCGUCACCUGCCCCAGGAAUCCUCGCUGGUAUUGGAAACACUGGACGCAAACUUGAAGAUAGAUCUAAAGGUGAUUUUUACCUAUCACAGGAUUCGGGUCUAACUUGGAAGCGAGUGUAUCGUGGUCCACAUUUCUACGAGUUUGCUGAUCAAGGUAACAUUGUUUUGGCUAUUAAGGACACCGAGGAGGGCAAAAAGGAUGGCACUGAUGAAGUAGUAUACUCACUGGACCGUGGUAAUACAUGGGAGAAGUUUAAGCUUAAAGAGAAAUUCAUCCCUCAUUUUCUUUUGACUACACCAGAUGCUACUUCGUCGAAGUUCUUAUUAUUGGCUACAAGAAGCAAAAAUAAAAAACCUGUUUCUAUCGCUAUAGACUUUGAUGGUCUUUACAAAGACAAAUGUGUCAUGAAAGAUGAUGGUUCAGGGGAUUUCGAAAAAUGGUAUGCUCGAUACGAUCCUGACACCAAAGAGCCAACUUGUAUUCUUGGUCACAAGCAAUUUUUCUGGAGAAAAAAAAUCGAUUCAAGGUGUUAUGUUGGUGAUUUGUAUCAUGAACAAUUUGCAUCCACUGAAGACUGCCCCUGUGCUGAGGUUGAUUAUGAAUGCGAUGAACGCUUCGUGCUUUCUCCAGAGGGUCAAUGUGUACCGAACCGAGACUAUCUCAAAGAACUUAAACAAUGCAAAACUGGCGAAACUUAUGAGCGGUCUACUGGAUAUGCUCUUAUUCCUGGUAAUACCUGUAAGAAAGAUGGUGGAAAGACUUUGGAUGGUAAAAAGAGCGUUGUAUGUGGAAGCGAAGAAAACGGUGACAAUGGUGAUGACAACGGUGACAAAGCUGAUGGCAAAAUAAAGUCACAUCGCAAUCUUUUCAAUGGUGAGAUUGUCAACUAUUUCUACCUACCUCUUGACAAAGACUCUGUGGAUGAUGAAACAAUCAUUGCUCAAAACAGCUACGAUGAAGCUUUUAUCACUCAUGAUCAAGGUUUGAACUGGGACAAAUUACUAGACGGAAAGGAAAUUGCGUCAAUUACUUCCAACCCCAAUUUCCCCAAUGAUGUAUAUGUACUCACAUUCGACUCGCAGCUGCAUAUAUCCACCGACCGUGGCCACAGUUUCAACAACGUCAAGCUCCCAGCAAAUGUGGCACCACAAUACGGUGGAUCGAUCGAUUUCCACCCUAAAAAUCGUGAAUGGCUCAUUUACAUGGGCGAGACUGGUUGCGACAAUCCAUUUUCGUGCAAGUUGGGUGCAUACUACUCGACUAAUGGUGGUAAAUCUUGGGACAAGCUUGUUGAAGAUGUGACUCGGUGUUCGUGGGUUGGCCAGCUACUCCAUAAGACAGACGAGAAGCUUAUUUUCUGUAACCAUAUUGUUAGCGAAGGAUUCACCGCACGGAAAGCACUCGUUUCCAGUGAGGAUUACUUCAAAACCAAAACGACGCAUUUCGACAGUGUUGUUGGCUAUGCUUUUCAGAGCGAGUUUAUUGUUGUGGCUACGGUGAGUAUUGAUGGCAUUUAA